AAAUUUAUCUCUACAGAUUCGAAAGAUAUAUAGCAAUGAUGUUCGAAACACUUAGUUAUUAUUGAAUAAAUUUUAUUAAAUAUAAUUUAUUAAUGAAUUAAUUAUGUAACCUCAGUUUUUACUGAUGUUGUCGGAUUCUGGGUUGUAUAGAAAAAAUUAUUUACUACGUAUGUUGUGUUCGUUAAUAUUAGUAGUGAGCCCUCUAUGUUGGACUUUAGUUUUAAAACAAGGAAAUAAUGGUCGAUUGAAUGUAGCAGGGCCGAAACCGUCUUUACCUGACUGACUAACCCACUUAAUAACGGAAUAGUUCAUGUACGGAAUAUGGUUAAACUAAUAACUCCAUGAUUACACGUGAUGAAAUAUGUACAAGCGUUACUGCCAUAAAAGGAAGUUGUCAGUCUGAGUAAACGUCGUCCGUAUUGAUUAAUUGGCCAUAACAGUAAAGACGGGUGUCGUGUAUUGUCAAGUGGAAAGACUAGAUUACACUGAGUACUGUAUAGCAGAAUAGCGCUGGGCUAGCUGUCACAUCUGAUCAUCAUAGCAGAGGCCUAGGUUAGGCCUGCGAACGAGUUCACCAGGCUAUGUACCCACACUAAGUUUACGUUUGUACACGGUAUCAAUAUUCAUAGGUUUGAGAUGAAUAAAUGGCCACUACUUUCAGUAAACCUAAGGGUACGAAGAUUUUGUUAUUGGAGUGUUAGCACAUGACACAAAACAACUUUAAGAGGCGCUAAAGCAGCGACCGCAACAGUAAACUUAGUAGCAGUAAACUUGAACAUCUCUUCAGUACACUUAAAGAAGUCAAUUCAGGGAUGGCUCAAAACGGUGAACAAGGAGGAGAAACUGACAGUGUUCAUAGCAGAGCGUCGAUAAAAGACAAUAGCAGUAUUCAUAGCAAGGUUUCUACCAAAGACCGUGGUAGUGUAAAUAGCAGAAAUUCUCGGCUGUCAAGAGUUUCAAAAGAGGAAAUAAAUGCAGCACAAGCUCGUGCAGACUUGGCUAUAGCAAGAGCCAAGAAGAAAUUUGCAGAGCAGAGAAUGGCUUUGGAAGCUAAAGAGCUAGAAGUUCGGAGGAAGAAGGAGUCACUUGCAAAUGAAGAAAAGAUUGCUGUGGCUGAAGCAAAGUCUAGAAUGUGGGAAGAUCUUGCUAGUGAGUCUCAUUCGAAUUCGGACCAAGAUGAGUUGCUUAGCAACCUGCCUGAGGAAUCUUCAGACACCAAGGUGUCUAGGUUUUUUAACAGUACUGAGGUUAAGAAUAAUCCUACUGUGCAUAAAGAGAAUGCUGGUGCAGAUAUUACCUGCUUAAUUAAUUCUUUUAGAAUACCAAAGGUAGAGGUGCCUAUAUUCCGAGGUGAUCCGCUAGAAUUUCCCGCGUGGCUAAGUUCUUUUAACUCACUCAUAGAAGCACGGGCCAAUAGCCCUGAUGAGAGGCUUAACUUGCUGAUACAGCACUUAGGAGGAGAGCCAAAAUCUAUGGUAAGAGGCUAUCUUCUUUUACAAUCCAAGGAGGCUUACAUGCAGGCAAAAAGUGAGUUAAAACAGAGGUAUGGCAAUAAUGCUGUUAUUGCCAAAGCAUUUACAGACAAGCUGACAUCUGUACCAAAGAUAGAUGGUAGAGAUCCAGUGGCAUUGAGACGGUUUUCUGAUGCACUUAAUGAAGUAGUGGUUGCAAAAAGAAGUAUCAAUGAGUUAAACAUACUAAACUACCCACAGGAAAAUGCAAAGCUGGUAGCAAAGUUGCCAUACAAUUUGCAGUCGAAGUGGAGAUCCAUAUGCAUGGACUCAGAAGAGGAAUUUCCAAGCUUGGAAAGGUUUUCGACAUUUGUACAAAAGAAGGCAAAAGAAGCCAACAACCCAAUAUUUCAGUGUUUUUCUCAACCACAGAAAGUAAUCACAGAAAAGUCACAAAAGAAACGCAUCAAUUUUUCAACUGCUGUAAGCAAUAGCAAGCCAAUUAAUUGCCCCUAUUGUGAAGGAAAACAUAGCCUCGACGGUUGUGAAGCUUUUGAGGGUUUACAUACCAAAGGAAAAAGGCAUUUUAUGAACGAGAAAAGAUUGUGUUUUUGCUGUGCAGAAAGAAAUCAUAGGGCUUUUCAGUGCAAGUCUAAGAAAACCUGUAAGCAUUGUGGCAGAAAACAUCUGACUUGUCUACACUACGAGGGUGAAGAUGGUGAAAAGUCUCCAAAAGAAGGUUACUCCAAGUGCACCCAAGUGUGCGGAGAUGUUGCGAAAACUAAUGACAACUCUAUGAUUCUUCCCGUCUGGUUAAAGAAAAAGGGAAGUAGUGAAGAGAUGCUUAUAUACUGUAUAUUAGAUCCCCAAAGCAACACUAGUUUUGUUAGAGAGGACGUUGUAGAAGACCUAAACCUGAAUGGACAGACCACUUAUCUUAAAUUGUCCACAAUGCAUGCAGCAAAGGAAUUAAUUUGUUGCCAACGAAUCACUGAUUUGCAGAUUAUUAGUUUUGAUAGAAGUGUAAUAGUGGACAUACCUGUCGCAUUCACUCGAGAGGAAAUACCUGCUUUAGAAUCACAAAUACCUACCCCUGCUACAGCAUCAAUAUGGAAACAUCUGGAAAGCAUUGCUGAGAAAAUAUCGCCCUUUCAGUCCGGCGCGCCGGUAGCUAUCUUGUUAGGCAAUGAUGUGCCGAAGGCGAUAAGACCAUUGAGCAUUGUUGCAGGAGAUGAUAACCAACCUUAUGCGCAGGAGUCAAUCUUGGGUUGGGGAAUAAUUGGAACGGUGUGCAAGCAUAGCACAAGUGAAGGCACAGUGUGCCAUAGAACGCUGACGGACGGAGUGAUACCAAAGGUUGAUCACUUGGUAGUACAAACAACUGUGAAAGAAAGAAUCUGUCCUGAGCAAGUACAGGAAAUGUUUAACAGAGAUUUCAUAGAACAUGGGGAUGACGAAAAGGGUUUAUCUGUCGAUGACAAUAGACUCCUACAGUGUCUUAAAGAUGGUAUUGUCAGAAAACAAGAUGGUCAUUACAAAAUGCCUUUACCACUGCGCUGUAAAGAAGUUAAUCUACCAGACAACAGGUCUAUGGCACUGAAACGUCUGCAUCAGCUUGGUAGAAGGUUCAAGAAGAAUGAGAAGUUCAAAAGGGAUUACUGUGCCUUUAUGGAUGACGUUUUGGUCGAAUGUGCUGAACCAGUACCCAAAUGCAAUGCAGAAGAGGGAAAAAUAAAUUACGUACCUCACACCGGCAUCUAUCAUCCGAGGAAACCUGACAAAAUUUGCGUUGUGUUUGAUUGUUCGGCAAGGGCUAACGGAAUAUCGUUAAAUGAUUGUCUGUUACAGGGACCUGAUUUGACAAAUGACCUUCUGGGCGUAUUGUGUAGAUUUAGAAGGGAGAACAUAGCCAUCAUGGGGGAUGUGAAAAGUAUGUUCCACCAGUUUAGAGUUUUGCCCAAACACAGGGACUUGCUAAGAUUUCUAUGGUGGAAAGAUGGUGAUCCUAGUAAAAGGGUAGAAGAGUACAGAAUGAGUGUCCACCUGUUUGGUGCUGUAAGCUCGCCAGGAUGUGCCAAUUUUGGACUAAAACGUGCAGCAGACGACGGCGAGGAGACGUUUGGGUCAUCGGCUGCUCAGUUUGUUCGAGAAGACUUUUACGUAGAUGAUGGGCUUAAAUCUGUUCCCACAGAGCAAGAGGCUAUAAAGUUGAUUGAUUCCACUACUAAGUUAUGUGCCAAGGCAGGUCUUACACUCCAUAAAUGGAUUACUAACAGCAGGAAAGUGCUAGAUUCUAUACCAAAAGACAUGAGAGCAAAGGAUUGGAAGGAAAUAAGUGUACGUGACCCACUACCUCUCGAGAGAGCACUUGGUAUAGUUUGGUGUGUUCAGAAUGACACAUUUCGAUUCCGAGUAGAGAUGAAAGACGUCCCAUUGACAAGGAGAGGCAUGCUCUCUACCAUUUGCUCAAUUUACGACCCUUUGGGUUUCGCUGCACCGGUGAUACUGAGAGGAAAGGCCAUCUUACAAGAACUUUGAGGAAAGGUGUUGAAUGGG